CUGUUGAAAACUUGAAAUGGUGGUGAGUGGUGACUGGUGAGGUGACUUUCCAAAUUCAUUUUUGGACUCGUCGCCUUCCGCCCCGAGACGGCGAGACCCCGAUUACAAAACGGAGGACAGACCAACCAACCAAACAUGGCGAAAACAAACGCCGCGCCACCAGGCCCCGGCCGCCGAACCCGCGUGCUCCCCUUCCUCCACAACAGGACCACGACGCACCGCUUCUUCCGCCUCCUUGACGCCACUGCCACGAAAACCGCCCGCCGCCGCCGCCGCCGCCUCACGGCCAGGCCCACGCGCAACCGCAGGGCAACGAGACCGGGGGAGCCGAAGCGCCCGGGGGCGGCGGAGGAGCCGCAGGAUCAGGCCGUCGGGGCGGCGCGGGAACCCGAUGCCGCCGCCGAAGCGGACGUGGACGCGGCCGUGGUGGCGGGGAAGUACUGGGCGCACCGCCACAGCCUCUUCUCCCUGUACGACCGUGGCGUGCGCAUGGACGCCGAGGGCUGGUACUCCGCCACCCCGGAGGCCGUCGCGGCGUCGCAGGCCGCCCGCGCCGCGCCCGGGGACCUCGUCGUCGACGCGUUCGCCGGGUGCGGCGGCAACUCCAUCCAGUUCGCCGCCAGGGGUUGCUACGUGGUCGCCGUGGAGAUCGACCCCCGCAAGGUGGAGCUGGCGGCGCACAACGCGAGGGUCUACGGCGUCGAGGACAGGAUCGAGUUCGUCGUCGGUGACUUCUUCCGCCUCGCACCUUUCCUCAAGGCUGAUUUGGUGUUCCUUUCACCACCCUGGGGAGGGCCAGCAUACAUCCAUGCUCCAAUCUACACCCUUGAUAUGCUGAAGCCAAAAGACGGGUACACAACAUUCCAAGCUGCUCAGAAAAUAGCUCCAAAUGCCAUCAUGUUUCUGCCACGGACGGUCGACAUUAGCCAAGUAGAGGAGCUUUCCUGGUUGUCUUGCCCACCAUUAGAUUUCGAGAGUGAAGAGAACUACAUACACCACAGACUAAAAGGAAUCACAGCCUAUUUCGGAAGAACCGCAGGACCUCCAAGCUAUCAUUGCCAAAAUUGGGAUGACGAACAAGCUGCUGAUUAGUUCUCUAGAACCUCUUUGCGCAAAAGAAAAAAAAGGCUGUGCAGACUUUUUAAGUCAAAAAUUAGAACAGGGAGUUUUCCUUAUUCCCUCUGAAAUCGAAAUGUGUCGAGAAGAUAUUAGCAAAAUUUAUGUGGAAACACCGUAUCCCACGUUGAUCUGAACCUGAACUGUGCCGGCACCUGUAAAAUCGCACUAUAUACCAGCAUCCACCUUCAGUUUUGAGAA